AUCGGACAUUCGCCUGCGCUUUAUUAAAAUGUCCUCUUUACCUCAGAAAGCUUCGUUUGUGGGGCUGGGUGCUGUGCCCCCUCAGCAGCAGCAGCAGCCGGGCAUCCAUAUGCCCUCAGUGGCCGGUCAAGCUGGCAUGACUCCCAACCCCAAUGCACUGAGAGAGAUCCCCCCCGUCUUCAUCUGCCGCAUCGGUCAGGAUACAGUACAGGACAUAGUUACCCGCACCAUGGAGAUUUUCCAGAUUACCCGUGCCACCCAGCUGCCAAAUGGUGUGACCCAGAGUCAGGCUGCGUAUCAGGACCGCUUUGGGAAACUACAGGAGCAUCUGCGCCAGCUGACUUUGCUCUUCUGCAAGCUCCGUCUGCUCUAUGAGCGCUGUGUAGAGAUGACCUCUGAUCUUCAAGAGUCUCCUUCCGAGUUCGUGCCAUAUGUUGGAGAGGAGACAGUGGCAGUGAGAGUGGAGCCCUGCAGUCCUGCAGUGCUACAGGACAAACAAGAGGUUUUAGAGAAAGUAAGGCACAAGAAUCAGGAGAUGAAAAUGCUGAUGGAUCAGAUGAGGAACUUCCUGUGGGACAUCAAUGCUAUGCUCACCAUGCGCAAAUGACCAGAAUGUUUUUCCUCUUUCAUUUUGUCUGCAUUUUAAGUUGCCUUGUGUCAGGAGCCUCUGAGAUUUACUCAUCGUUCUUCUGUACUAGUCAGACAUCAAAGGACAACAGAGUCUGACAAGAUCACUGGGACUGUUGAUGCCACACUGUGUUUACUCAUUGUUACUUAACCGAGAUUUUAGUGAAGAUCUUUUUCAAUUUACCGGAUCUAAUAUGUAAUAUGUAACUUGAAUACGUGAAUAAUAUGAAUGUAACUUGAAUAUCUAAGUAAUAUGAUUUCCAUGCCAAUUCUAGGGAAUGUUUUGGUUCAAUUGCUGUAGGAGGUGCUAGAGGGGCAGAUGGGAGAGCAACCUGUGCUGCAGGGUUCCUGAGAAAAACAUAGGACCCCUAAAUCUUUCAAACUGUGUGCUAUUUUUACCUUGGCAGCUAUGUUCUCAGGUAGAGUGUUUAAUAGUGUUAAUAAAGAAUGUGAGUGUGUAUUUGUACAACAGUGGGUAGACCCAUAUCAAUUUUGCAUAAAAAAACAAAAGUCCUGAUGUUUAAUAAAUUAUACCAUCUUCAAAAAAUCUAAAAAAUCUAAAAAAAAAAUCACAUGGAUUUUAGUUGAUUUAAUUGUUUUUAAUUCAUCUACAAAGACAUUUCUUACCCCCCAAAUGCUUUGAUAUGUGUAACUCAUUACUGUAGGUGUGUGGUGUGAGUGUAGAUAAUCUACAUAUUAGGUAGUCACAUUUUAAACUGCAUACUGCAUUGGCUCCCAAAUCUUGUAGAGUGCCACCAUGAGGUGCUAUGACAUCUUCCCACGUGUGUUGCAGGAUUAUUAAUAUAGUUAGAAUGGCUUUAGUUAGGUGUAAUGUUGUUUAUCAGGUUUUGCAAGCUGUAAAUGCUGUUUAAGCGUGGCAUGAGGAACGCUUUACAAGUGUACAUUGAUAAAAAUUUUAAGAGACACUGGUUUAUGUUUUCCACCACCCUUUUAAAUGAUACACUGUUUUUAAGUGGCUGAUGCAUGAUUACAUCAGGGUAGAAUUUGUCUGGAAAUCUUGGAGUGCCAUUUUUACUCAUUGCCAUGUUUUGGUGCAUAUAUUCACUUAACGCAUUUCUCUACUUGAAGCCUUUUACAUGGUAAUUAAAAAAAAUGGCCUUAAUUAGAUAAUGUUUCUAUUUCUACAUCUGUACUGUACAUAUGCUGAGAAAUGAAAAAGACACCAUGUACUAGAUUAAAUAGUAAUUGUAAAUGCUGUUCUCGUGUUCUCUAUGAUUAAUGGUUUGUUGAAUUAUAAUGUUUUUUAUGCAGCCUGCAUCUCAGCAUGGAGGAACCAUUAUUAUGUGCAUUUUUCAACUAUAUAAAAACAUUGAAUAUCUACCAGUAAAACAAUCUGCGUGCAAUGUACAUUAGUAAAUAACACAAGGUGGUGUUUGUCUAAGGCAAUUUGAUUACCACCUGGAGCUUCACUAUAUGUAACUACGCUUAUCAAAGAAGCUGAAUUACUGACUGGCUCAUGUAGAUGCAGAAAAUGUAAGUGCAUAUAAACUCUGUCAACUUCUAUUGUUGCAGUGAUUAGGUUUCUUUUUUUGUACAUGCAAAUAAAAUAAAAAAAAUCCAUU